GGGAACGAAGUCCUUCAUCUCCCAGGAGAGCAAGUGACUGAGGAGCAUUUCACAGAUGAUCACGGCAAUAUUAUCACCAAGAAGGUCAUCCGGAAGGUGGUGCAUCAGCUGGGCCCUGGGGACACGGAUGACAGGCAGGAACAGGAAGAGCUAAUUCUGGAGGGCUCCCUGCAGGAGCCCCAAGACCUGGAGGCUGAGGAUGAGCACUUCAUGAAAUACUCCAUCCUGCACCGGGAUGGUCUGGGGGCCAAGGAGGAGGUGCGAGUGCGUGUCCCGAAAUCAGAGGUCUCCGGGGGCAGGAUGGGGGCUCAGAUAGUGAAACGAGCCAGCCUGAAAAGAGGGAAGCAGUGA